AUGAAACCUUCCAUAGCACUGGAGCCAGAACUCAGACUUCAUAUUACUGGUUUGUUCAAUGACUACUAUCUAAACAUACUGGACUGGAACCUUGAAAAUCUCAUUGCUGUUGCUGUAGGAUCUGCUGCACAUAUUUGGAAUGGAGAAACUCUUCAAACCAUUGAAAGCAUUGGUUUGAGUUCCACUUCCAACUACAUUGCAUCUCUGGCUUGGAUAAAAGCAGGACCUUGCCUUGCAAUUGGCACAAGUGAUGGAGAAGUGCAACUGUGGGGUAUUGAAACCAAAAAGAGGUUGAGAAAUAUGUUUGUGCACCUGUCUGUAGUUGGAGCUCUUAGCUGGAAUCAUUAUAUUCUGAGCAGUGGUUCUCGGCUAGGAUCUAUUCAUCACCAUCAUGUGCAUGUUGCUCAUCACCAUGUUGGGACUCUGCCAAAACAAAGUGUUUGCAGCCUGAAAUGGUCACUAACCAACCAGCUGCUGGCAAGUGGGUCUACUGAUGGUUUACUGAAUAUCUGGCCUAGUGACCCUGGUGUGAAAUUGCAGUCACAGCCCCUGAAAACCAUACCUCAUUCUUCAUCUGUGAAGGCUAUGAACUGGUGUCCUUGGAAGUCUGAAGUCCUUGCUACAGGGGGUGGAAUGAAAGAUGGGAUUUUUCAUGUCUGGGACAUAAAUAGUGAGUGCAGCCACAGAUUCUCAGGUGAAAUGAUGAAAUGUCUGCAUACUUAG